AAUUAAAAAAUCAUACCAUAUUUCCUUCCGUACAUGUCAUAGGCAACAGUCAAUGUCAAAAUAUGUUAAUGUCAAAUGGAUUUUUAGUUUUUCUAUAGUUUUUGCGUUGUUGAAUGUUGAUUUUGCUGCUAAACUCAGCAAUUUACAUUAAAUAUUAGUUUCUAUUUCACAGAACCACUGUGAAUAUACUUCGAUCACGCGAAGUACUUCACCGUUUCAAUUAUUUGUGGGCCUGUAAUAACAACCAAAAAGAUGCAAUUAACAUCCGACCCAAGACGUGCCGACAGGGAACGUCGUUAUAAGCCACCUCCAUCAACAACGGCCCCCGCCGAAGACCUCACCACGGACUACAUGAACAUUUUAGGCAUGGUGUUUUCAAUGUGUGGCCUCAUGAUGCGUCUUAAAUGGUGUGCAUGGACAGCUGUUUUUUGUUCAAGUAUAAGUUUCGCCAACUCAAGAGUUUCGGAUGACACAAAACAGAUCGUUAGUUCCUUCAUGCUGUCAAUAUCAGCAGUGGUUAUGUCAUAUCUUCAGAAUCCAUCACCGAUGUCUCCACCAUGGGCUACACUAACAACAUAAUGAUACUAUAACACUAUGUAGUGUCAUAAAUACUUUAUUUUUAAUGUAUUUAUCUAUUUUGUUGAAUUAUAUCAUAUUAUUACAGUGUUAAUUUAUGUUUUAAAAGAGUGAAUGGUAAUUUAUAGUAUUACAAUAAUAAAACAAUUUAAAAUUUGGGA